AGCAUUACUUAAAUGAAAUUAUUCAUUCGUUGUCUGACAUUUCCUUAAAAUUAAAUCAUGCGAUACGUUGCUGCAUAUAUGCUAGCCGUUUUAGGAGGCAAUGAGCACCCUAAAGCCAGUGAUAUACAGUCAAUAUUGGAUUCUGUUGGUGUCGGAAUUGAAAAAGAAAAUUUGGAUUUUGUUCUUAAAUCAUUGGAGGGUAAAAAGUUAAAUGAUAUAAUUGCUGAAGGUACAAAAAAGUUAAGCUCGCUAUCAAUGGGUAGCGGUAGUGGAGCUGUAGCAGCUAUUGAUCCAAAAGCUAAAAAAGCAGAUGAAUCUACUCAAAAAGAAGCAGCAAAACCAGCUAAAGAGGAGAAAAAAGAUGAGCCCGAAUCAGAUGAUGAUAUGGGAUUUGGAUUAUUUGACUAAAUCUAUUUAUUCAUAGUUAUAAUAAAUUAUACAUACAUUAUUAAAAUAUAAUAGCUAAAAAUGUA